GCACGAUUAUGACUGCUUGCCAAAUUUAUUUAUUUCUUGAAAGGAGGGAUACCCACAGCCAUUGAUGCACACAGCCACGACUGCUUAUAGAUAAACAACAAGGAAUAAGUGCUGCUGUUUUUCUUCCUCUCCAUCUUGGUUACGGUAGUACAGAAAGAUGAGUAAACUACUUGUCAUAGCCCUGCUGUUGCUGCCUCUUAUCAACCACGGAAAAAACUUGGCCACAGCAUGGGAUGAUCAAGAUUUCCUCACACACUGCCCACCGUUCCAGUGCAGCCAACGUGGCCCAGAGAUCAGGUUUCCUAUCUUCCUUGAAUCCAGCAAUACAUCUUCAUCGUCUGAAUGCGGCAGUGCCAUAUCAAGCAUAAGGUUAGCAUGCUCUGGUCAAGACACCAUCCUAGUUCACCCAGUUUUUGGCCCAUACAAUGUCAGCGCCAUAGAUUACAGCCGUUCUUCCAUGAAGAUCAUCCAGCCUGUGGACCCUUGCCCGCUGCUCCAGCAGAAGCUCAUCGUCUCCACAAGCUCAUCAUCUCCACAAGUUGAUGUCGCCAACCAUGAGGGGAUGGGCAUUUCCUACAUUCGGACUUUCUUGUGGAGGUCAUUUGCAACCCUAGUGUGCUGUUCGACAGAGUUCCUACCUGGUGCUGACGUCAGUAUUGCAGUCCCAGUCUCCUGCCUUAGCAACGCAACCCACUUCUUGUAUUUGGUGGAUAGUGAUGAAGACAUGUCUGUUCUUCCGUUGGACUGCAGGGUCGUCCCAGUCUCACAUGGCCGCACCAUCCCAAUACCCUUCUAUGAUGGCCCACCACCAUAUGUAAACCGCGCCGGACCGUCCUUCAAGGAAAGUGCAGAAAUAAUCCUCAGUUUUGCUGAGACAACGGUGUAUUGGGAUGGUGAUUACGAUUGCGGGCAAUGUGAACUCCAUGGACGACGCUGUGCAUUCAGCUCACAAACGAAUGAAACUUUCUGCAUGCCUGAUCCUCACGGUUCGCGAAUCAAAGUCAUCGCAGCUACAUCAUCCGUCGCAGCAUUCGUUGUUCUUUUGUUGACAGUGGCCACUGCACUCUAUCUUUCACUCAAGACAAGAUAUAAUGAAGAGAUACAUUUGAAGGUCGAAAUGUUUCUCAAGACAUAUGGCACAUCGAAACCAACGAGGUACACUUUCUCUGAAGUUAAGAAGAUAACAAGACGGUUUAAGGAAAAAGUAGGACAGGGAGGAUUUGGAAGUGUAUACAAAGGCGAGCUACCAAAUAGAGUGCCUGUCGCAGUUAAGGUGCUAGAGACCUCUACAGGAGAGGGAGAAGUAUUCAUCAAUGAAGUUGCAACCAUUGGACUAAUCCACCAUGCAAAUAUUGUCCGUCUACUGGGAUUUUGUUCUGAGGGAAUGAGACGGGCUCUUAUUUACGAAUUCAUGCCUAACGAGUCACUGGAGAAAUACAUAUUCUCUCAUGAUUCUGAUAAUUUUCAGCAUCUUCUAGUACCUAACAAACUGCUAGAUAUUGCUUUAGGCAUUGCCCGAGGAAUGGAGUACUUACAUCAAGGGUGCAACCAGCGCAUCCUCCACUUUGACAUCAAGCCUCACAAUAUCUUGCUGGAUUACAACUUCAAUCCAAAGAUCUCAGACUUUGGCCUUGCAAAGUUGUGUGCAAGGGACCAAAGCAUCAUCACCUUAACUGCAGCAAGAGGCACAAUGGGCUAUAUUGCACCAGAACUAUAUUCUCGGAACUUUGGGGGGAUAUCCUACAAGUCAGAUGUGUACAGUUUUGGCAUGCUGGUGUUAGAAAUGGUGAGUGGUAGGAGAAAUUCAGACCCAAGUAUUGAGAUCCAGAAUGAGGUUUACCUCCCAGAGUGGAUCUAUGAGAAAGUGAUCAAUGGGCAGGAGUUGGUGCUUACUUCGGAAACAACUCAAGAAGAGAAAGAAAAAUUGAGACACCUGGCUAUUGUGUCCCUAUGGUGUAUUCAGUGGAACCCAAGAAACCGGCCAUCAAUGACCAAGGUUGUCAACAUGUUAACAGGGAGGCUACAUAACCUGCAGAUGCCCCCAAAGCCUUUUGUCUCAUCUGGAAAUCAACAAAUGCCGUAAACUAAAACAUGGAGCACACACUACCAUGAUGUAGUCAACACUUGGGGGUUUAUACUUCUGUCUAUGCGCUGCAAAGUUAUGCAGAGCACUAGCAAGCAAUGUAUUUCGAUAUUACCAGUCCAUUAGCAAUCUGAGAUGUGAUAGUACUAGUUAUUUGCAAGAUACACGAUUCACAAUUGGACUUGUAUUUAACAACUAUGAUACGAUAAUCCGUUGCCUGCGACAUUCAGUUGUUACUUUGAUUUA